ACAGGUGUUCUGCAAACUGACCCGGUUUGCACAGAAGAACCGGCGCGGAACCGGAUCUGCUUUUUUUUACGCGCAGGACAGGACAGCACGCGCAAAAGGGGCCAAAAGGGAGGAGAUUCAACCAAGUGCUUCUUCUUAUUAGCCUGGGCUGUUCAGAGGGGGGGGGGAGAAAGAGAGGGAGAAAGGGAGCGAUGGCAACGAAAAAGGCGUGCGUGGAUGCGCCCAAAAGGAGCCGGAGUCCGGUGGUUCUGGAGGCGGAGAUGUUCGGGGAAUUUCAGGACUGGUGUCUCCGGACUUAUGGAGACUCCGGGAAAACAAAGACGGUCACCCGGAGGAAAUACAACAAGAUCAUGCAGACUCUGUUGCAGAGCGACGAGUCGGACGGCGUGUACAUGGACAACAUCAACGCCAAAUUCAAAUUCUGGGUAAAGUCCAAAGGCUUCACGGUCGGAACCAACGUGUUGGGGGGGGAGAAGAAGAAAGGAGCCCCGGGGAAACCCGUGCUGUACGUCCCGGUCAAGACAACGUGCUCAGAUGGGAAUUCAGCCCAGGACAACUCCUCCCUGAAACGUGUAGCCGUGGUGGAGGACUUCUUCGACAUCAUCUAUGCGAUGCACGUGGAGAUGGGCGCUGAUCCUGGACGAGCCCCAAAACACGCCGGGCAGAAGAAGACGUACAAAGCUAUCGCGGAGACGUACGCCUUCCUGCCCCGAGAGGCGGUGACUCGGUUCCUAAUGAGCUGUGGAGAGUGUCAGAAGAGGAUGCACAUCAACCCCAGCACGGCCGAGUUCAAAGAGAACGACAGGCCCACCUCCCUGGUCCCGGACCUGAUCGACUACAACAUGCCGCUCACUGCCACCUACCUGAAGCAGAUGAAGCUGCAGUGCAUGACGCCCACCGAGAGGGAUGACAGUUCUGUGAGCAGCGAGGACAUGAUGAACGGCGUUGAGUCCACAUGGAUCGCCUCUCAACCGCCGGCAGUGCCUGAACCAAGCCCGACUAACGGAGAGAGAGUCAGCAACCAAACGUCCGCCGUUAAAGAAGAGGACGACGAUGAGUCCUCUGAGAGCGGCAGUGCCCCCGGGCUGCCGCCCCCCGAGGGUCCGCACCCCCCCCCAGAUGGAGGGGAGGUGACGGAGAACGGGCUGAAUGCCCCUCUGGACUUCAGCACUUCCUCGCCCUCCUCCUCCUCUGAGGACCAGCAGCCGGUCAACCUGAGCGACAGACUGCUGCCGGCGGGAGGGUCGCCAACAAACAACAGGAAGUUCCCCGUCAAAACAGAGUACAACAACAACAACAAGUCCCCACCUUACAGCUCAGGAAGUUAUGACUCUGUGAGUAUGAGCGCAGAGGAUCUGACCUCCGGUAGGGCGAUGAUGAUCGACGAAGACGACGACGAUCACGACGAACACGACGACAGCGACAAGAUCAACGACGCUGAGGGGAGCGACCCCGAGAGACUGAAGGCCUUCAACAUGUUUGUGCGUCUGUUUGUGGAUGAGAACCUGGACCGCAUGGUGCCCAUCUCCAAACAGCCCAAGGAGAAGAUCCAGGCCAUCCUGGAGUCGUGCGGCCGGCAGUUCCCCGAGUUCGAGGGGCGAUCCCGCAAACGCAUCCGCACCUACCUCAAGUCCUGCCGGCGCCUGAAGAAGAGCGGCUUCGAGAUCCGACCGACCCCCCCUCACCUCACCUCGGUGACGGCGGAGAACAUCCUCGCCACCGCCUGCGAUAACGAAACCAGAAACGCUGCCAAGAGGAUGCGUCUGGACUCUUACCCCGCGGAUGAACCGUCCUCCGGAGAGAAGUCAAGCUCCAGAGACCCGGCCUCUCUGACUCCGUCUGGUUUCAGCAUCUCCAGCGCCGCCUUCGCCCAGGAGCAGCUGUUCACCAACGGAGGUCUGAACUACAACCUGCGGUACGGGGGGGUGCAGCCCAGCGCCGGGAACACGCAGACCAACGGUCCCACAGAUCUCAGCAUGAAGUCCAUCGUGGCCCCCCCCACCUCCUCCUCCUCCUCCUCCUCCAGCAGCCAGGGUCAGGGGGGCGGUGGGGGGGGCGCCUCGGCUCAGCUCAGCCUCCCGGAGGUCACGGCGGUGCGUCAGCUGAUCGCCGGGUACCGAGAUUCCGCUGCCUUCCUGCUGCGCUCCGCCGACGAGCUGGAGAACCUGAUCCUGCAGCAGAACUGAUCCCAGACCCCCCCUCAGAGACUCAAAAGACCCCCCCUUUCUUUAUGCAUCUGGCUCACUCUGACCUUAGUGCCCUGUUUAUCUGUAGCCAUUCAUCCCAUUCUCAAGCUCACACUCUCAAACACCCUCCAUUCGUCUCAGGAAGCGACGUGAAAGAUCUGCAGAAACUUAAAAUCAGCUGUGAUUGUGACGGCUCGUUUUAAUGCAGAAGUUUGGACAAAUUAGUAGCAGUGAUUUAGCGUCAUUAGCUCGUUUCUACUUUUACACAGCUGUGCAGUGGCGUGGUGUGAAUCGAGGAUUUCUAGGUAGAGUUCAUUCUCCAAAUUUGGAGCGUUUUGCAGACGAUUCGCUGCUAAAUCCAGGAUGUGUCGACCUCAACAGCUACGGAGAAUUGUGCAAACUUCACACAAAAAGAGUAGAGAGGUAGAUAAAAAUAGGAAAGUGUCAGACAUUUUUACAUAUUUAAACAGACCCGUCAAAGCUAUACCUCGACAAGUGUUUCCAGAUUGUUAGACAUGAGAGAAACAGACUCAUUACCCGACUUUAUUUCUGUUAUUUUAUUACAAAUAUUUCUAUCAUGGGCAAUUUCUCAUUAGUCACAAAGGAAAAAGGAGCCCAGGUAUGCAACAUUGAGGUCGCAGACACUUGUCAGGGAAAGAAAAGGAGAUUAAUAUAUUGUUUGAACGGGAACGAGAAGAAAACGGUGCAAUAUUUAAAGAGAUAAUCAGUAAUGGUGUGCUUACUGAGAAGCGUUUUAAAAAAAGGAAUUUCGCCAACAAUCUCCUCCCGUACAGAUGUCGUAAAAAAAAAAAUGAAGUGAUAUCCCGUGCAGCAUUGUAGCCGAAUUCAAUGUUGUCGUUUGUCGUGAUCUUUCUCGCUAACUGAGUGUAUCGGGAUCAUCCGUCGUGACGAAAAGGCAAAAUGGGACCUGGCAGAAAAACGAGACUUAGUGUUGCACGUCUUGUUUUUUAUUUUAGUGUGAAGGAAAUCGUCCUGUGAGUGUUUUUUAAGGUUGAAAAAGGAGCACAUUUGAGCAUCGCAGUAAUGUGUGUGUGUGUGUGUGUGUGUGUUGGUGAGAAAAUGUGUGUGUGUGUGUGUGCUCACUCUCUGACCUCAGCUGUGUCUAACCCUCGUUCUCAUUACAUCACGUCUGAAAAAGAAGCAAGAGACAAUCUUAGAAAAAGAUGUAAUCACAUCACAGUUUACUCUCUCAGCUUUCUGCUAGUGUGUGUGUGUGUGUGUGUGUGCGUGCGCGUGUGUGUGUGUGUAUCUAGAGCACAGUCUCACAACAGACACUUUUAACGGUGAGUCACUCGGCACAAAAAGUGUUUUUUAUUCCCUUUUCUUUUUGGUGGUUCUCGGUGUAAGCUGUUGUAUGUUUGUGUAAAAAGUGUUUGUACGACAUCAAUCUGUGAUUUAAAGGCUGAAAACAUUCCCAACAAGGACAAACGAGGCUCGCUCCUUGUUGAUUUGUCAAAGUUUAGAGAGAUAUAUUUCUGUAUUUAUCACAAAUCUUAUCAAAUCUAUCAGUUAUUUAUCAAGAAUCAGUCCUUAGAGCUGGAGCUACAUGCUAAAUUAUCAUGUUUACUUUAUUUAUAUUCCCAUGUCAUGAUUGGGCUUGCAUUACAUUUGAAAUUAAUUUAUCUUCUGCAAGUUUGGAAGCACUUUAUGGCUCAGGAUUACGGUAACCAAACACAGAGAUUUGAGUGUGUUUGACCUCGUUUGGAGUUUAUAUCAGCUUCAGUUCAAACAAAUCCAGAACUGAUUAUAACGAAAAGGACAGCAGCAGCUCUGAAUCUGCGUAUUUAUGAAACUAAUGGAGCUCAUUACAGACGGGUUUGGAAAGCAGGAGCAGGAUGAAUUCUGUUUCAUGCACUUUGGGAAACAAACCUGCGACACAUCAAAUCACAGGAGAGACAACAGACAUGUUUGCAGCCAGAACGCACAUUCAAUUCAUGUUAAACAUGACAGCAAAAUCACUUGGUCACCUAUCCUCAUCAUAUCCAGGUCAAAUCUUUGUGAUGAAAUGACACCUGAAAGCUGAAGAGAAACACUGAGGAGUCUUUAGUCCAGAGCCAUGACAUUAUGCAACCAACAUUCACUACAUCACGAGAAGUUCAAGCACAAACGAUUAAGUUAUCAGGUGGAUGAUUGGAUUUGUACAAGUUUGGUUGCAUUUUAAAUAUGUUGACGCAUAUAUUUAAAAAUUAAAAAUGACACUCUAAAAGCACAUUGGAAACCCCAUACUCUCUUACCUUUAGUACACACUGCAGCUGCUCUUAUGAAGUACGUACAAACUACUUCAUUAUAUUGCACAUUUGAACUUUGCUUAUAUUCCUGGGUGCAGCCGGAAAAGCGUGCAUACUGCAAAAUGUGACCGGAUGCACCAGGACAUCAUGCUAGUUUGUGUGCAUACUGCAUACAAAAGUAUACUUUAACAGUCAGAUCAAGUCUGCACUUUGUCUUGCAUCACAGCAGCUCCAUUUGCAAAAUCAACGAGGACAAUAUUAAGACAAGAAGCAAGGAAUCUGACAUUUAAAAUCAAUAUGUUGAAGACCCUUAAACGUGCAUUUGAUCUGGUAUUAAACUCUGUAUUUCAUUUUAGAAUUGACUGGUGCACAAAAGAGUAUUUCAGUCUAAUCUAAUUCCAUCUUGGGACCCUGUAUCUCCAAUUUGACUGUUUUCGGACAUACUAAAACGUUUACUGGCAUACUAAAUCAUUUGGACGUUGCCUGCCGAUUAAAAGCAGGUUUCCUUUAUGAAACAGAACAUCCUGACUCCUCUUCAUCACCCUCCUCCUCCUCUGGGCUCUCACAGACGUAUUUUAAAGUUGAACGUGGUUUCCUCACACGUGUCUUCCUCGGUGACUUCACGUCGUCUCGUUUUUAAAAACCCUAGCUUGCCGAUGUGUGAAACCGUCUUUUUAACGCUGAGCUACUCGCGCUGGAGUUCCUGUGAUCGGCGACGCCCUCUCUGUUGUCACGUUGUCGUUUGUUUACUUUUGAAAAUGCCCGAUGGAUCUUCUCUUUGUAUUGACUGGACAAUGUAAUCUAUUGGUGUUGAUUAAAGAUUGCCCUGGUAGCUCGUGGAUUAAAGUGGUCAGAUAAAUGUAUAGCUGUACAAAGAGUGUUUUUUCUAAUGUGGGUACAGCACUGUUAGUAAAAAAACAAAGUGGUUGCUUGUUUUAACUUAUCAUUUGGUGGUGGUCUUUUAUCGUUAUUUAUAUGAUUUCAACUGUUGCCUCUCCUGCACUGAAACUGACUGAAGCAGUGCAGGAGCUCGUACUGUAACCUGUGUGAAGCUUUGUACCCCCCCCAAUCCUCUGGUUUGUAUGGACUCAGUGAAAGUGUGAUGUUUACAUGUACAGUUUUUCAGAAUACUUUUGCGUUUUUCUCAUUUCUUUUUAUUAUCCUCACCUUUGAAACCUUUGGAUCUGUCGCAGAUUCUUCUUUACGUUGUUGUUGUUGCUGUUGUUGUUGUUGUUGUUGUUUCAUUGCUGGUCGGCUCCUUGUUGUGGCUUCCAGCGUUUAAAAAAGAAAAAGAAAGAAAUCUUAAGUAAAAAAGGGAGCGUCACAACUUCUCAAAGUGGACCAGCAAAUAUCAACUUGAAUCAGCUGUUUUUAGAAAGUGGCCUCAAUGCAUUUAUUACCACGUGAAGUGCUCAGAAUAUUUGAGUUCCCCGGUUCUCUAAAUCUCCCGGUACCUGAAGGAACACUUUGACCUGUUGUCAUUCUUACCUAAAAAGCCAUUCCCCUCUCCUGGCCUUUGUACGGGGAACCAUAAACCUCAGGAAAAACUGAAUCUCCAACUUUAAUUUAACGGAAAACACCAUUAACAUUUAUACGAGAUGUCUAUUGUUUUGUACAUUUAUCAUUGUGAUUUAAAAGUGGAGCUUUUUUCCAGUACUUGUGACUUAAUAUGUUUGAUUUCUUUUUUUGUUGGAGUGUUUAUAGGUAUGGAUAUUUAUUAUUAUAUGUGAAACAAAAAGUCAAAAGAAAAAGGUUGAACCUGUUUCAUUUGUAUGUUUCAUGCAAAUCUGUCCAGGUGAGACUCUCUUACAUAUCUCUGAUGAGGGACCUGUGUUGUUUGGAAAUAGCGCUUUCUCAGUGUUGCAUCAACGCUAUGAAAAUAAAAACGUUUAAAAAAACAAAAAAAAGCUCCAGUGGUUUCCCAACAGCUGCACUGAGAUGUCAGUCAUUGAAUAAAACGAUGAGCGA